UGUAAAGAAUUAGCUUACCUCCUCUUCGUGUUUUGUUUUUUUUUCUUCUGAGAAUCUCUUUCUUUGGUCGCGGUGGAGCUCCCGCGCGGGACAGCUUCUGAAGCAAGCAGUGUGCCCAGAGCUCAGCCAUGCCCCAGUCGGGAUCUUGCCUAGGCUGGUGACUUGACUUAACUUUGAAAGAGCGGAGGCGUGAGAGAUAGAGAGGCUGCCCACCAGCAUUUGAACACGGAAGCCGCUUCCGUAGGUUAGAAGUUUACCUUCCUAAUUUUCUGAUAAGCAUGGACUUCCACGCGGUUCUGUACAAUAUUGCAGAAGAAAUAGACAGUCGAGAUCUGGCUGGUCUGAAAUUCCUCUGCUUGGAUCAUAUUCCAUUGAAGAAGCAGGAAUUUAUCAAGGAUGCAGUGGGGCUGUUCAAAAUACUGGAGGAAAAGGGUUUGUUGGAGGAGGACAAUCUGUCCUUCUUGAAGGAACUGUUGUACCACAAUAACCGAAUGGAUCUCCUAAAUCUCCUGAACACUAACCAAUCAGAGGUGGAGUGUCAAAUCCGAACCAAAGCCCAGAUUUCCUCCUACAGGGUCCUGCUUUUUGAUCUUUCCGAAAAUGUGGCAAAAUUUGAAUUGAAAUCUAUUAAAUUUAUGUUGAGUCGCAAGAUUCCCAAGUGCAAACUAGAAGAUAAUAUGACCUUGAUUGAUAUUUUCAUUGAGAUGGAGAAACGGGGAAUUCUAGGAGAAGGAAACCUGGAUGACCUGAAGGCAGUUUGUGAUGUCAUUGACAAGAACCUGCUGAAGAAAAUCAAAGACUAUGAAUCAAACAGAGUGGAAAGAAGCACAGAAAGAGUUCCAGUGGAAAUCCAGGAUGUUGAAGAAAUGAUGAAUGAUCUUCAGGCAACAUCUGGAGAUUUUCCAGGAGAAAAGGACCAGGACAAAGCUUACAAAAUGAGCAGCAAGCCUCGGGGAUACUGCUUGAUCAUCAACAACUUUGACUUCCAAAGAGCACGGAAGGAAAAGCCUGAGCACCAGAACAUAAGGGACAGGAAAGGGACUGAUGUAGAUGCAGAGGCUCUGAAAAACACCUUCAAGAAGCUUCAUUUUGAAGUCGUACAUUUCCAGGAUCGCACAGCAGAGCAAAUACACAAUGACCUGCAGAACUUCCAGGACAGGAACCAUGAUGGCAAAGAUUGCUUUGUUUGCUGCCUCCUGUCCCAUGGGGAUAGAGGCACCAUCUAUGGCAUUGAUGGGCAGGAGGUGGCCAUCAAGGAUCUGACAUCGUAUUUCUCUAGUUCCAAGUGCCCGUCCCUUGCUGGUAAACCCAAAGUAUUUUUUAUUCAAGCUUGUCAAGGCAAGACCAUCCAGAGUGGUAUCACGCUGGAUACAGAUUCUGAGCAGCAAAGAGAAUCUCUGGAAAUGGAUGCAUUUCUUCAGAGUGAAUGCAUUCCAGAUGAGGCCGACUUUUUGCUUGGGAUGGCAACUGUGGAGAAUCAUAUCUCUUACCGACACCCAAAGGAGGGGACCUGGUACAUACAGUCCCUUUGCAAGAAUCUGAAGGAAAAAUGUCCUCGAGGAGUGGCUAUUCUCGACAUCCUGACAGAUGUAAACUCUGAAGUGAGCCAAAAAAUUGACCUCAGCAACAAAGGGAAGCAGAUGCCACAACCUAAAUACACCCUUAGGAAAAAACUUUUCUUUCCUGUUAACUAGAAUUGUGGGCACUACUUAAAAACCAAACUCUGAAGAUUGACACUGUCCUUCAAGAAAGUCUCGUCUGUUAUUGCUGUGAAACUAACUAGCCCUGCAGGUGGACACUGCCAAUGAGUUUCCCAUAGUUGCAAGAUGGCAGGAGGAGUUGCACUCCAAAUUUCUAGCCAAUUGUGUUGUUUCCCCCAUCCAUGAUGCUGCCUUCUUGCUUUUGGAUGUUUUUCCUUUUGUCUGUAGAAACUGCCAACCUUGCCAAAAAUUGAACAUGCUCAGAACUUUGUGCCUCAGUUUACCUUCAUUUAGAAGGUAACAGGACAAAAAAUAACCCACAUUCUCCAGGAAGCCUUUGUCAAACCCUCUCAAUGCUAAUGCCAUCCCCCUACUGAUUAUCUCCUAUUCAUUCCAUAUGUAGCCUGUCUGCAUAUAGGUGUUUGCAUGUUGUCUCCCCAUCAGAUUGUGAGCUUCUUGAAGGCAGAGUCUGUCUUUUGCUUUUCUUUGUAUCUGCACCUCUUAGCACAGUGCCGGGUAUGUUGAAGAUGAGUAAUAAAUGCUUUUUGACUGACAGCAAAGCUGAUGAGCCCUAGCUAAUGAAGAAGCAGUAUCACAUUCUGCUCACAUUGCUUCACAAGAACCAGGAUCCUCUACACGAAGCUUUUCCUGAUCCUACCCCCCACCCCCCAAAUACUGUUCUAUCUGCAGAAGAAUACAAGCUCCUGGAGGGCAGGGGCUAUUUUCUUUUUUGUCUUUGUAU